AUGCAACUAGUUUCAAUGGAUAAUAAUUCAAACUCCGACAGCUGCUAUCUCCCCCAUCACCCGGUCGUCAAGAAGGCUAGCACAACCACGAAAGUUCGCGUUGUUUUUGACGGAUCCGCAAAGACGUCAACGGGACAUUCACUAAACGAUGCUCUUCUCGUAGGACCCGUAGUGCAAGAUGAUUUAUUGUCGAUCAUCCUCCGAUUUCGUACAUACCCUGUGGCCUUAGUGGCCGACAUUGAAAAAAUGUACCGUCAAGUUAAGUUAAACACCAAAGACACGCCUUUUCAGCGAAUAUUAUGGCGCUUCAAUCCGCAAGAGCCCAUUCAAUCGUAUGAGCUGCUAACCGUUACAUAUGGUCUUGCCUCCUCGUCGUUUCUUGCAACACGCACGCUAAAACAGCUAGCCGAAGAUGAGGGAGAGGCAUAUCCUCUUGGAGGGCCCGCUUUACGAAAUAAUUUUUAUGUAGACGAUUUCAUUGCCGGAGCGGAAUCAAUAGAAGAAGCGAUUAAACUCCAAACAGAAAUUACUGAAUUGCUCUCUAAAGGAGGUUUCGUAUUGAGGAAAUGGACUUCGAAUAAACUCCAGGUUCUUCAAGGACUUUCUACCGAUGAAAUUGGAACACAUUCACCUUUGAAGUUUGACGAAAAUGAAACAGUCAAGGCUUUAGGCAUCGCUUGGGAACCUGAAGAAGAUAAAUUGCGUUUCGAUAUCAACAUCAAUCAAAAGGGAAACACUACAAAACGAGCAUUACUAUCGGAAAUAUCUCAACUUUUCGAUCCGUUAGGUUUAGUUACUCCAGUAAUAAUUCGCGGAAAGCUUCUAAUACAACAACUAUGGUUAGAAACCUGUGGAUGGGACGAUACAGUACCUGAAAAUAUUGCGUUGAAAUGGAAACGAUACUCAGAGCAACUGCCCGCGCUGUCAAAUUUUAAAUUCAACCGCUAUGCCUUUCUUCCCAAAGCCGAGAUACAGCUGCACACGUUCGCAGAUGCGUCCGAAGCUGCUUAUGGAGCUUGCACCUACUCCCGGUCCAUCGAUUCUGAAGAGAAUGUUGGUCAUCGACUGGAGCGGCUUUCCGUGCGCGAUGAUGGUGAUGUUGCCGAAGAGAAUGAAAGAAACAUAGAGAACAUUCACAUUCCACAUCAAGAUGGUGAAGAGGUGAAGGAGGGGGAGCGAAAAAAUCUGGCCCUGUAG